GGCCGACUGUAAGGUAUAUCCAGACACAACAGAGGUGGGAGGUAAUGAUUUGUGUUUGAGGAAGAUGGCGUCUUCAAAGAAGUCUGGGAGCGGUGUUCUUGAAAAAACAGUAAACAGGAGGCGCUCGUCAAAGCACAAAGAAGUUCCAAUAGUGAUGGAUACCAAGGCAGUUUUCACUGCCUUGUUUGACGUGUGUGAAGAAAAUGCCGCCUUUUUCUCUGGGGCCACAAAGUGCCAAGCUGGGGAUGCAGCUCAGCGCCUGGUGGACGCCAUGACCACCAUCAGGAAAUGCCGGAGCCUGGAGCCUGUCAUCUCUGGAUUCGCUGCCAUCUACCACCAUUUUGACUUUGACCCUCAUAUCCCCGCCAAUGGAUAUCGCUCCCUUGUUAAGGUGGUGCGCUGUUGCCUCCUCCACAUCAUCCACAAAGGGCGCUAUAUCACAUCCAACAGGCGAAGCAUCUUUUUCCGUGCCAGUCACAAUGCGGCAGAGAUGGAAGCAUACUGUAGUGCUCUGUGUCAGCUCAGGGCGCUGCUCUAUCUAGCUCAGAGACUGCUUCAUGACAACAGCCACGGCAACCUCUUCUUCCAGGAGGAAAGUGGCCUCAGUCAGAGCUUCCUGAGAGAGUACGCCUCCAUGCAUAAGGGCUGCUUCUAUGGCCGCUGUGUUGGAUUUCAGUUUACUCCUGCCAUCCGUCCAUGCCUGCAGUCAAUUGCUAUUAGCCUGGUUGCUUUUGGGGACAACUACAAGAAGCAUCAGUCGGGGAUAGUGGAGGCAGGAGAUAUUGCACCAUAUGGUGUAGCAGCCAGUUCUUUCCUCACCUCUGGGAAGUAUGCCAUUGACCCUGAACUGAGAGGUCGGGAGUAUGAACGCAUCACUCAGAACCUGGAUGUUCAUUUUUGGAAGACAUUCUGGAACGUUACAGAGACUGAACUUUUAUCAGGUCUGAUGUCUAUAACGGCCACAGCCGUGAAAGUAAAUCGAGCUCUUUCUGUGCCCCCUAUGCCCUUUGACCUGCCAUUGGUGGCGGAUCCCACCCACACGGUGACCGUGUCUCCUCCAGCAGCUCAUAUCGGCCUGGGGCCUGUGCAGAUGAGGUUGAUCUCAUAUGAGCUGAGAGAAGGACAGGACAGUGAGAAAUUACUUACACUGUGUCGCUCAGAGGGGGGCCAGAUAUCUCUUUCUUUGGGCUUAAAGCCGAAGCGCCAUCCCCCUUCCCCAUGGCUGGUGUUGCACUUCCACGGAGGAGGCUUUGUGGCUCAGACUUCCAAAUCACAUGAGCCAUAUCUGAAGAGCUGGUCUCAAGACCUGAAUGCCCCCGUCCUUUCAGUGGACUAUUCUCUGGCCCCUGAGGCCCCGUUUCCUCGGGCUUUAGAGGAAUGUUUCUAUGCCUACUGCUGGGCGAUCAAGAACCACAACCUGCUAGGUUGGACCGGUGAGCGUGUGUGUUUGGCCGGUGACAGCGCAGGAGGAAACCUGUGUGUGACUGUGUCGAUGCGGGCCGCUGCUCACGGAGUGCGCAUGCCGGAUGGCAUCGUCGCUGCUUACCCCGCUACACUGCUCACCGUGUACGCCUCGCCAUCCCGCCUGCUCACCCUCAUAGACCCUCUGUUACCCCUCAGUGUGCUCUCACGCUGCCUCAGUGCUUACGCAGGCACAGAUCCACAGGUGGAGAAGCAGGUGGAGAAGGUGAGCACUUUGAGCAUGGUGAGGAGAGAUACUGCCUUGCUGCUCCGAGACUUCAAACAGGGGGCCUCCAACUGGAUCCAUUCUCUGCUGGAUAGAGGAAGUGCAGACUCUGUGAGAAAGAGCGUUUCAGAAGCGUCUCUGACCUCUCCUCACACAGACCCUCCAGUGUCUGCCAAGCCUUCUGAGUACUCCCAUGGGAAAGGGUCUAUGAAGAGCCAGACGUGCCAGGACUUGGGCACCCAUGCUAACAGCAACGUGCAGAAAAAUGUCAGCGAGACCACCAACCACCUUAGCUCCACUACAGCCAACCACAGCUCCAUCCUUGACAUCACGCUGACACCCGAGAGCAAGCCCGAGGAUGUGAGUUUCUUCCUUUGCAAAGAAGUGGAUCCCUCUGUGUCAGAAUCCUUUUCUGCUGUGGCCAUUCCGCCCCCUGCUGGUGAGGAGGACUCUGAGACACCCCGGGAGUUUCCAGACGGCUUUGAGCCUCUGCGCUCAGAGCAAUUAGCAGAAAUGAACGUACAGAGCUCUCCCAUCGUCAGAAACCCUUACAUGUCCCCCCUUCUGGCUCCAGACAGCAUGCUAAAGGGACUACCUCCCAUACACAUAGUGGCCUGUCAUCUGGACCCCAUGCUAGACGACUCUGUGAUGUUUGCCAAAAGGCUGCGAGAUGUCGGUCAGCCAGUGACCCUAUGUGUCGUGGAUGACCUUCCUCAUGGCUUCCUCAGCCUAUCACAGCUCUCGAGGGAGACUCGAGAAGCUGCUAACGUAUGCAUGGAGCGAAUCAAGGAUGUCUUCACCAUGAAAGACCCUCCGCCAGAGAUGCGCAAACACCGCAAAUUGGAACGGACCAUUCAGAAACCUUCUGCUACCAAAAGAGACCACAUUCAACUUUCGCAAGUGACCGUGCUGGAGGAGGAGGGGGUAUCUGUUGGGGGAGAAGCUUCUGUUGUGGAUGAGGAGGGACUUGCUGGCUUUUACCCUCCCUCUGAAUCUGAAAAGAUUCCAGCUUAGAAUUUUGGACUGGUUUCGUUCUGAAUGAUACCAAAAGAGAGAUACGUAGGCCAGAGUAAGGUCAUAUUAUGUGAAUAACACAUUAUGUGAAUGAUUAUAGUAGAUAUGAGUAUAUAGAGAAAAACAAAGUAAUUAAGCAAUUAUUAAAUUAUAACUUAAAUUAGAGACCAUUAAGUAUUUAGUUAUAGAGAGGAAAAAUGAAUACACCUCUAGCUUUAUUAUUCAAAUCUGAUGGCGUACACAUGCACUCCCUUUACAUCUAUAUUACCACUUUGCCUUUUGGUGCGUUAUACCAGCACAAAAACGAAUAUCCUGCCUUGUUCUAAAAAAAACAUCCCAGCACAUAACGUCAUUAUUACAAAUGGAUGUACCUCACUCCUUAUAGCACUAAAUGUUCUUAUACAAUAAUGAAAUCUGUCUACAAACUGUGAUUCAAUAUUAUACCUGUGUGUUACACUUUAUACUCCGUAGAAUGUGUUGCUGCUAGGCAUCCUGGGGCUAACUGAUGAAAGCAUUUAUUAAUGGUUGAAUUUUUUUCUUUAUAGUAGCUUUUGAAAUAUUUAUGACACCGAAUUAUAAUAUGGUGUCACUGUGUAUGUUAAUCACCCUUUAUUAAUCUACCUGCCUCUUGGCACCUAGAGGACGUCCUGUGUGACUAGUGCUUGAAUGGGAUUUCUGAUGCUGCUUUGUCCUCAUAGAGUUCAAAGAUUAUUCAAUUCAAUUAAUCGUUAUCGAAUUUCCACAAGCGUUCUGUGGAAGGAAAGCUCAAGUUUCACCCAAUUUGUGAUCGUGUUACUUGUGUUCUGUAGUCUCCAGUCUUGUUAUAGUCAAGAUAAUAGUUUAUUUUGCUACUGUCAUGUAUUAUCUUUGUAAUGGCAUGGAGAAUUGUUUAUUGUAUGUAAAUGUUUACUUAAAAUUGCUAGUUCACCCAAAAAUAAAAAUUCUGUCAU